AGGGGGCAAGAAAUAUCAUUUUUGGGAAUGGAAUCAAAAUGAUUGUGGGGACACGAGAUAAACAUGAACCAUCCUACUACACGUUGAACUCAAAAAGCAAUGAACGCAAUUACACAGCUUGCCUGGCUACAGAUUUCAGCGCACACAAUGCUACCGACAGUGAGACCUUGUUCAAUGGGACAGAGGCCACCAGAGUGAAUGGGGACAGCUACUACAGCCAGGUUGCCCUCGGAGAUAAAUGCAAAAAUGAUGGUGGUUCAGGGAAAUGUACAGCAGACUUGUAUUUUGACACAGAUCCAAAGAUCAACUUCCUAUCCUUGACCAUUCUGGGCCUGAGAAUUCUGUUCCUGAAGACCAUCGUUUUCAACGUGCUGAUGACUCUUCGACUAUGGAUGAGUUAGAAAGAUGGCAUCAGUCCCUCAAAGACAACACAAGAAGUCCUUCCCAGAAGAACUAUUGAUUUGAAUUGUAAUUACAUUCUAACUGUAGGAAUUAAUUGGAACUCAUUGGAAUCUCUUCAUUGUCUGGACUGUCAAAUACAUCACUGUCCUCCCAGACAGACGUUGGUACAAAUUACGACUCCGACAUUGAUUUGGAGAAGAUAUGUAUGAUUUGUAAACAUGUUCGUAACUGUAUUCUUCAAGUCAUAAAGAAAAUGUAUUAUCAUUUGCUUAUCUGUAUAUUUGUAUUUUGUUCUCAAACUGUUGUGACUUGUGAUAGUACAUAUAUUUCUUUUCAUUCUGCUCUCUCUUUCAUUGAAAUAUCAUGAACCUCAAUUUGUAUUAUUCUUUAGAGUAAAAAUAUAUAGCUAAAUGUAGUGGAAAUAUCUAAUAAAUACUUCCUUUUUGUAUAUUGAUAUAAAAAAUUGUCUUUGUAAAGUCUUUUGUUUUGAUGAAAGUCUUAAUUCAAUAAAUUCAUUAUAUGGAGUU